GGGAUUGUUUGGAAGUCUAUAUAAGACCGUGAACGAGACAAAUGAAUUGAGAGUGAUUCCAUAUUUGCUCUUGUGAAUUGGCACGCUCCGGUUUUAUCGAAACGUUCUUGAAAAUGUCACCGAAAAAUGAGAAAAUUGGAAUAAUUGGCAGCGGUCUCAUCGGCCGAAGCUGGGCGAUGCUUUUCGCCAGUGUCGGCUAUCACGUCACAAUUUACGACAUCGUCCCAGAACAAAUAUCCAAAGCACUGGAAGACAUUAAUAAUCAACUCAAGAGACUGGAAAAAAAUGGACUUCUUCGUGGUUCUCUUACUGCCGAUCAACAAUUCGGUCUCAUAAAAGGCUCAACGAGUUUGGAAGAAACGGUGAAAAAUGCCAAGCUCGUACAGGAAUGUGUUCCGGAGAACCUUGAAUUGAAGCUCAAAGUUUACACGCAAUUAGACAAAGCAGUGGAUGAAAAAACGAUUUUAUCGUCUUCAACGUCAACUUUCAAACCGUCGUUAUUUAGCGAAAAACUCAAACACCGUGAUCAGGUGAUCAUUUCACACCCAGUAAAUCCUCCAUACUAUGUACCGCUUGUAGAAAUAGUACCGAGUCCUUGGACACGCUCAGAUAUACCGACAAAAACAAAAGAAAUAAUGACGGAAAUUGGCCAAGCGCCGAUUGUUUUGUCGCGAGAAAUCGAUGGUUUUGCUCUGAACAGGAUACAAUAUGCCAUACUCAAUGAAACUUGGCGUCUCGUUGCCGAUGGAAUUCUUAAUGUCAGAGACGUCGAUUUGGUGAUGAGCGAGGGCCUUGGUAUGCGUUAUGCAUUUUUGGGUGCAUUUGAGGCGGCUCACCUCAAUGCUGAAGGAAUGAAGAAAUACUGCGAAUCCUAUUCGAAAACAAUUUACAGUGUCAGUCAGACUUUCGGACCAACUCCAAAAUUCGAAGGUCCGAUGGCCGAAGAAAUUAGCAAUCAGCUUAAUGCGAUUUGCCCAUUGGACAAACUGCAAGAGAGACGAGCCUGGCGAGAUACAGCACUGACCAAAUUGUCAUUGCUCAAAAAAGAACUUAACGAACCAAAGAAGUGAAAUUCGUUCAUUAAAAAAUGUGAAAUGAGCAAAGUAUUUUUACUUGUUGAUACAAUCUUAAAUGUUCUGUGUAAUUUUUAAAAAAUGCUCCAACUAUAAAAAUCGUUUGUUAAUAUAAUUCGGAUAACUGAUUAAAGUGUCAAAAACUUAUCAUUCAA